AUGAUGUCAGUGGUAAUAUGCAUAGAGAAACAGGGAACCGGUCUAGACCCGACUGAACCGUCCCAAGAACUUUUUGCACGCCGGACAGGUGUGAUUGACGUCGAGAAGUUGAUCCAAGAAGAAUGGAACACAGCAGAAACACCAGGGGAUGAUGAAGAGGAAGAGACCAAGGAAAGCGAGGAUGGCGAAGAUUAUCCAUGGAAGGAUACCGGCACAACGUUCAAUAUGUCAACUCUAGACGCAAUCGUGAAAAAUGCGGAAGAUAUCGCGAUACAAGAAGGCGAAGAAAUCAUAGAAGAAGUGAUAGAAGAGGAACAAGUCGAAUGGAUGGGCACAACAGAGGUUAUGGAGCAAGAACAAGGUGGAUAUUAUCAGUCGGAAGAGCUACUCGAGCAUCAAAUCGUCGAUUACGAUGACCCUGACGCUUAUCAAUCAUUUCUGCCCGUUCGAGACGGUGAAGCCUAUUUUUCACUGAAUUUGCCCGAUUUAUUGAGCAAAAAUCAUCAGAUAACACAGGAAAAUGGAGCAAUUGUUCGAUUAAUCUCGUGUUUUAAUAAGAAAUGUCAACGACAAGUGUCGUGUAACGGUUAUUUGUAUACCGUUAAAGAUUGGGUAUCCGACACAAACUGGACAAAUUGGCGCUGCAUACACGAUCACUGUUUCGGCGAGAUCCGUACGACUCCAGAUUUCAACGGGAUUCGUGAAGUACAAGAACACUCGAGUGCGUGUCCGAAUCUCGACGAACUUCAGAUCACGAUCCGAAUCGCUGUCUAUGAUGCACGUCUUCUGGCUGAAUUCACAGAUACUCCACUCGAGAAUCUUUAUAUAGCAGCGGUUGAGAGAAUGAAGACAGAGUGUCCUGAGGCUGUGCUCUUGUUUCCGACAUAUGAAGUGUUGAAAGCAACGUUGGAGGAUCAUAGACACAAUAAAAUAUAUCGAAAACGAUUCGAAAUGCAAAAGUUUAAGGAUAAGCAGAGAAAGAUGAAUAUGACACCUGAUGAGGUGUUGUAUGCGGAGAAUUCGACGGGAAUGAUGAAGUUUCGCAGGACUAAACCGUUUCCGAUGUCAAUGUGCAACUUCUGUCACGAACAACUCAUAAGUACGAAUCUGCCGUCACAGGAUCAACUAAUCGCUCAUUUAUUGUAUAAUCAUGGUCGAAAGCUGACAAUCGAGAGAUACGAAUUCAAGGAUGUCAAUUUAUUCGAUCACUACCUCCGUGAACUCAACAGCAACAGUAAGCAUAAGAUGAAACGAAUGGGAUUGGCUGAUGAGAAUAUGUAUUAUUUAUGUAUUCACGAUGAUCGAUUGGCAAAGACCGGAGUGGGAAGGGCCUCACGGCUACAACAACAGAUAUGUCAUUGUACUGCUUUUAUUCGGAUUUUUGAUUGGAGGAUCGUCUCAAAACGAGAAGGUGCCCGUAUAACCAUCGAUUACUGUCUCUACCAUGAACCCUCCCGACACGACGACCUCGACGACAUCCAUUUCGUUCGCCACCAUCGAAAUCCCUAUCCCACAUCGCUCAUCCCCUCGAAAGAGUUCAUUGAUAUCUAUAAUCCAGAAAUGUUUAUACACGAUCUUGAGGAACGUCGAAUGAGAUCUCAGAAGUUGUUGGGCGACGUUGUUACCGUCGUCGCCACUUCAGAAAGAGGACAGAAACGUCCGAUUGAGAUGAAGACGUACAUGCCACCGGGUAGAGUGAAGGCAUCGUUUGGCACCCGAGCACUGGCUCCGCCCCUUGCUGCACAGUUGGCUGCUGGAAGUACUCAGCCAUUUGUAGAUGGAUAUACUGAUAUGGACUCAUCGCCCAAUAGGAAUCGAUCAAAAUAUCGACAACCGAUUCGGAAUUAUCAGAAAGUUGAGGAACCGUCCGGCUCGGAGCCUUCACAACCUCCGAUACCUGGACCGUCUACGAGUGGUGGUAGUAAUAGAGAAAGAAAUGUGGACGAUCCGUCGAUCCCGCCUCCACGGAUCUAUAUCAGUCAGAAACCGUAUACACGACUGACGGAACGACAGAAUUUCAGGGACAUCUAUACAUUCAACGCGGUGUGCAAAGUGGAAGACGCAUGUCUCACCCUCCUGAAUCGCCUCCAAUCUUGCCAACACGCUCGAAUCGGUCUUGCCUACCGAGAGAAGAUCGCAACACUCGUACGAAAUGCGAGCACUGAUCCAGGAUUGACUGACGGCACGACUCCAGAAGAGAUCAAUCGAUCGUGGGUACUUCAGAGACCGGUAAGAGGACGGCCGAGGAAAAGAGCGAGAAUUGAUGAAGGAGAUGAGGAUAGAGAGAGAGUUGAAAGAGAUAUCGAUGAGGAUGAUAUGGAUUCUGAUGGGGACGAUGAUAGAAGGCACGUGGGAGAAUACGAGGAAGAGAAUAUUGAGGAGAAUCUGAAGGAACUUGAGGAUGAGUCAGAAAUGAAGGAGAAGAAACAGAAGGAAACUGCUGAUGAGCACGAGGAGGAGGAGGAGCUGAAAGUACCCACCCCACUCUCUUCUCCAAAACCAUCCACAUCCACCCCGUCCGCCUCGUCAACUCCAUCCAAAUCAUCCGCUGCCCUUCCACUUCCAUUUGAAAUGCCACGUCUGACACGUGAAGAAACGAAUGAAUCCACGACGUCAUCAUCCACGUCAUCAUCCGCAGUCCCCACUUCGGAUAUAACGACGAGAAGUGGAAGAGCACGCAAACUGCCGGCACGGCUUCUCGAGGAUUAA